CGUGGAGACCUCGGUUCUCCUCAUCUGAGAAGAUCGUGGCAAGGAGAGCCGGAGGGAGGGAGUGUUCUCUGCUUGGACAUACAGGAAAGCUGGGGACCGACGCCCACCUUCCCACCGAUGGAGGUGAAGCAGACACCCCCACCUUCCUUAUCGCCCUCACCGACCACCGAUGAAGACGACCUGUGCACGAUAGAGGUCCCUGCCAUGGCCAUGGACUGUGUCACUCUGCUCAUCGGGCUCUGUGGGCUGGUGGGCAACGGGGCUGUCCUCUGGCUCCUGGGCUUCCGCAUCCGCAGGAACCCCGUCACCGUCUACAUCCUCAACCUGGCCAUCUCUGACUUCACCUUCCUCCUCUUCAUGCUCACCUCAUCCCUCCUCAACAUGCUGGAAAACUUCUACUGCUCUACUGGCUUCCUGAAGUACCUACAGCCGCUUUUCCUGCUCUCGCUCUUCUCCUACAACAUGGGCCUGUAUCUCCUCACAGCCAUCAGCAUCGAGAGGUGUGCGUCUGUCGUCUUCCCACUCUGGUACCGGUGCCGCCGCCCCCAGUGGUUGUCAGCGGUGGUGUGUGCCCUGCUCUGGGCCCUCUCCAUCGCUGUCAUUGCUGCAGUGUCUUCUCUGUGCCUGGCACACCAGCAGGAGCACUGCCAGACGGCUCUCAUCUCCAUGUAUGCCGUUGAAUUCCUCAUCUUUGCCCCACCCAUGGUGAUUUCCAAAGUGAUCCUGUUCUUUAAGGUCCUCUGUGUCUCCCAGGAGCCCCAACCCAAGAGGCUCUACAUUGUUAUCUCCCUCACUGUCUUCUUCUUCCUCCUCUUCGCUCUUCCCCUCAGCAUCUGGAGUUUCCUGCAGCAGUUUGGCUACUCCUUCAUGUCCUCCCAGGUGGUUUUCCUGCUCGCCUGUAUCAGCAGCAGCAUCAAUCCCUUCAUCUACUUCUUGGUGGGCAGCUGCCGGCGACACUGCUCCUGGGUGUCCCUCCAGGUGGCCUUCCAGAGGGUCUUUGAGGAGACCGGGCUCACCACGAUCUCCAGCUGAGCAGCCACCGUGGUCACACCAGGCAUGCUGCCCACCCCAGCUAUUCAUGUUCAGCUGCCCACCCUUGCUCUUGGAUUGUCCUGGAGGGCACCUUAUUGUGGCUGUUUGUCAGGACACAUCCCAUCCCUUAUGCUAUCCUGUCCCCAUCCCAUCUUUCCCCAUCCCCAUCCUAUCCCCAUCCUGUCCCCAUCCCGUCUUUCUCUAUCCCCAUCCCAUUCCCAU